AUGCAAUUAGCCUUAAAAAUUUUAGAAGAGAAUAGCAUUCGUAAUGCAAUAAUAAAAUUUGAAGUACAAAAAAUAGAAAAUGAAGGAGCUAAAGUUCUUUUAGGGAGAGUAAAUGAAUUAUACUUAUCAUAAAGAGAGAUGGUUUGUAAAUGGAUUGUUAGUGUUAAACGAAUUUCAAUAGAAUAUAAAUUUCAUGCUUAUAAUAUCUUAGGUAUUUCAGUUUUUUCAUUAUUAGGUUGUACCUUAGAAGAUGAAGAGAUUAAAAUUUUAAAUUUUAAAAAUGCUUUGAAUUUAGGUGUAGAACAAAAAUAUGACAUAUCUGACCCUCUAAUAAAUUUACAAAAGAUUUAUCUACGUUAAAAAUAAUAUGAGAAAGUCAUAAGAUUUGCUAAAUAUGAUCAAUUUUUAGGAAGACAUAAAGUAGUGGCGUUACAAAAUUAGGCCAGAGCUUAUUUUGGGUUAAAUCUAAUAGAUGAAUGCUAAGAAUUUUCCAAACGAGCUUUUUAAGAAUGUAAAACACUUUAUGGAGCCAAAGAUCCUAUGACGAUUAGAUUAUCCGAAUAUUUAAAUUUACUAUAAGUAAGUUAAUGUUUAAAUAAAAUAUAAUAAACAUCCAAUUAACAAAAUUAAGCAAGAAUAUCACUUCAAGAUAGAUAAUAAAAAAUGAACUAAGAUUUUGGGAAAACUUUUACUCAAUUUGAAUUUCAAAGCUUUACAAAUAAUAUUUAAAUGGAAAACUCUAAUACCUAGUAACUGCGUGCAUAAUUUUUUCAUAAAAAUGGAGAAACAAAUACAUAAGAUAACUAGAACUUUUGUUGUUAAUUAAUAAGAGAGUUUUUCAAAUUAGCAGAUAUAACAAUAAUAAUAAAGAAUUUUGAAUUGAAUGCUACUUGCUAACAAUUAAUUAUCAAAUAUAAAGACUUACUCUAAAAUAUUGAUUAUGAAGAUGAAUAAUUAUUAGAAUAAAUAUCUUAAGUUUAAAUUAAAUAAGAUGAAAUAGUUACUAAUAAUAAUAAAUACACAUAUCAAUUAUAACCGUAAAAUGAAAAUAAUAUAUCUUAAUUAGAUAAAAUGAUCUACAUAUAGAAUGCUAUAAUUUAGAGUUUUCUUAUUGAAAGUAUUUAAAAAGAUAUCAAUUUCAAAAUGGAUUAAAAGUUAUUUUAAUAUUAAAUGAUAUAAGGUUCUAAAUAAAAACUAGAUGAAAUAAGUGAUUUUUUCAAGAGACUUAAAAAUACUUUGGAUUAAACUGUUAUAUUAACUUAUAAUUGCUUAUCUGAGAAAGAAGCAUUUAGAAUCAAAAUUAUAUUUAAUUAAAAGAUAGUUUAUAAAAAUGUUAUAAAAUAACUAAAUGUAGAAGAUUUAUGGAUAAUCUUAUCGUCCGAUAUUAAUCUAGAUGAUUUUUAAUUGUAUACUCACUUAUAACAAUAAGCAUAAAAAAUUAAAUCAUAAACAAAUUAGAUUAUUCUAAUUUGUAUAUUAGUAAAACCAGUUAACAUCGAAAAGCUGUAGAAAUAGUUUUAAGAGUUGGUGUUGAAAUGUUCAAAUCUAUAAUUAAUAAGGGAUUAAUUUGAAAUAGAACUUGAAUUUAAACCUGAUGAGAAUGUUAUUGAUGAAAAAGUAAAGUAACUUUAGUAAUCAGAAGAAUAGUUUGAUAUAUAAGUGUCUUAACCAUAAAUUAAAUUAGAUAAUAAAAAAAUGUUUGUAGUUAAUUCAUUAAUUUAGUUUUGGAUGGAUAGUAAAAAUGAAUAAAUUGAUGAAGUUAAGUAAAAAUUUGCAAAACUAAAAUAUUCAAUAUUUUAAAUAUAUUUUCCAAGUUAGGAUAUUAUUCUAACUGAUGAAAAGUAAAUCAAUCUAUGGUAAAGAUUCUUGUAUUAAUUUUACUCUAAUCCAAAAGAAUCUUAUACUAUUAAUACAUAAUUACUGAUAGAACUAAAAGGAGAAUCAACUUUAAUAGAAGAGAAAUAUUAAUUAAUUUUAUCGGAUUUAACAGAAUUUUAAUGCAAAAGAUAUAACUUUGAAGUUUAAGAAAUAAUUGCUCAAACUUUAGCAGAAAAGAAAAAUUUAGAAAAAUUAUUUAAAUCAAGUUUAGAAAAAAUUUCAAAAUUAUAUGAUAAAUGUCUGAUUUAAAUUGUUGGAGUUAAUGAAAAAAUUAUUUUAGUUGAUAUCUAUAUAAAUGAUUAAAUAAAACUAAAUAAUAUUUAAAAGUAACUAUAAUAAGAGUUUUUUAAUUAAUUAAAUAUCCUUAUAGAAAAGAACUUUGAGAUUGAAGAUUUAUACUGUAGUUUGGGAAUGCAAAAAUAAUAAUUUAAAGAUGAAUAUUAAGUUGAAGUAUCAAAGAUUAAUAAAGAAUAUUAUUUUAUUUGCUAAAAUAUACAUUUGGAUGAGAUCAAAAAAGUAAUAGUUAAAGCAAAAUAAUAUAAAAAAGAAAAUAGAAAAACUAAAAUUAUUGAAUGCUAGAAUAUCCUUAUAUUCAAUGAAUUAAAAGAAAAUUAUAUCUUAUAAUCAAAUGCUGGAAAUCAAGAUAUUCUUUUCAAUUAUUCCUAAAGUAAAAAAAUUAUAUUACAAGCAAUGAAUCAAUAGCUGCUAGAAGAAUAAUCUUUAAAAACAUUAAAUGAUAUUAAUAAUUUUCAAAAUCAAUUAAAAAGUAAAAUUUGCAUAUUAUAAGAAAAAUAAGUGAAAUUUUUCAAAAAACAUUUUUCAUAAUAUUAUACAAAUUUAGAAAAUGAAAGGAAGGCUGCUAUAAAAUUUUAAACAAAUAAUUAUUAUUUCAUAUCUUAAGUCUUAUACUAAGAUAAAAAAAUUCAUUUAGUAGAAGCAGAUAUAACUUUAUUAGAAUGUGAUGCUAUAGUAAACUUUCACUUUUCACAAAAUUAAAAUAUGGAAGUAAGCGGAUUAACAUAAAAAAUUUUAAACUUUGGAGGAUAGUUGUAUUAAUCAUAUUAUUAUAAUUUUUUAACUAAUACCACUCAUACUUAAAAUUAAUUUGGCAUCACAACUUUUGAAUUAAGUCCAUUCUGUAAUAUACGUUAUAUUGUUAAUUUAAUUAUUCCAUCUGAAUGCAAUAUUGAUUUUAAUGAUCCUCAAUCAAUAUAUUAAAUUAUAGAUAGUCUUUUCAAUGAAACUCGAAAACAUAAUGAAAUUUCUAAAUUAGCCCUUCCAAUUUUUAAUAUUUGUAAAAGUGAAAAAUUAAAAAUUAAAACUUAUCUUAAUGCAAUUAUCAAUAAAAUAUUUAAUAAUGAAACUACAGUCAGGUAAAUCUAUAUAGCUGAAAUAGAUAAAUAAUAUAUUUAAUUUGUAGAUUCUAUUCUUUAAAACACUUCAAUAAUUACAAAUAAUAGUAAACCAAAAUGGUAAUGGAAAGAUGUCAUUACAUUUGUUAAUUAUAGUGAGGAUAUCAAUAAUUAAAUUAAUGAUGCUUAUGAAAGAUUUUUAAAAUCAAACUAAGAAACAACAAUUAACCUAAAAUUUUAGAUAGAAAACAAACCAAGUACUCAUUCUGUUGAUUUAAAAAAAUUAAAAAUAAAAGAAAUAUCUUCCAAUUCUGAGUCGUAAAUAAUUUAUAGAAAUUAAAAUAAUAAAAUAACUUAUAUAAUCAACUAAGAAGAACUGGAUGCAGAACUUACUAAUUAUUUUAUUAAUAUGUAUAAUAAAUAAUGCUUUUAAUUUGAUAUCUUUUGGAAAAAUUUGGAUGUAGUAAUCAAUAACUAAGGCAUUUAUUAAUUAAAUACUAGGACUUAAUUUUAGAGGCCUAUAUAAAAAAUUCCUAAUUAGUAAGACAAUAUGGAGUAAAAACAAAGAAUUACACAAUUUAAAAUAAAUUAUAAAUAUGAAAGUUAAAAUUAAAUUUUAAUAUAAUCAUUCGAUAGUAAGUUAAAUGAUUUGAUUUUAAAUGAGAUUAAAUAAAAAUUAUAAGAAUCCUAAAUUAGUUUAAAAAUAAACAUACCUUUAUUUAGUAAUACAUAAUCUUAAAAGCUUACUGAAUAUUUAGACACCGUGGCUUAAAAAGUUUAAGGUAAAGUGAUAUCAGGAUAGUUAAUCAAUAUUGAAAUUUUCAAAAAUAAAGAAAAAAAAAUCUUUAAAUAAUUAGAUUUAAUAAAAAGUCUUGCUAAUAAAGAAUACCCAAAAGAAUGGAUAGAUUAAGAUUAAAAUUUCAUCAAAGUUCAACUUGAUUAAAAUUCAUCAGAAUAUCAAAAAAUUAAAGGCCUAUUUGAGAAAACAGACAAAGGAACUAUUAAAGCUAUUUUUAGAAUAUAAAAUAAGACAUUAUGGGAUAAUUAUAUCUUAGAAAGAAACAAAUUAAUUGAUCUUUGUGCAAAAUAAAAAAGAUUAUUACUUCCAUAAGAACAGGAGAGAUAUCUGUGGCAUGGAGUAUCAUAAUAACAUCCAUCAAUAAUAUAUAAGAGUUUGGCAGAAGCCUUUGAUGUUACCUUCAGUAGAGUAACAAAAUUAAUUUAAAUUAGGUUGGAUUGUGGGGAUAAGGUAUUUAUUUUGCUGAAAAUGCUUUUUACUCCAGAUAUUAUUCUUAUAAACUAACAGUUCAAGAUGAUUCUAACUAUGCAGGGAAUCUUGUAUUUUUAUGCUGCUUAGUUACAACGGGAAGAUCUGAAUAAAAAAAUGAAUGUAAAGAUAUUAAAAAGCCAAGUGAUGGAUAUGAUUGUGUUACAGGAAUGGCUAAAAAUAGCUAAAUAUUUAUUUUGUAUUAAAUGCAUGUAAGAAGGGCAUACCCAGCUUAUGAAGUUAUCUUUUAAUGA